AGGAGCCUGACUGCACUCACUCACACACCGGGACCUGUCAGUGAAGCAUCAGUUACGCAUCGAUUUGGUGCUCACCCUGGAGGAAAGCGCAGCGAUCCUGGAGAUUACCAAUUUACCCUUAUUCGCCCCAGGAUGGCUCUGAGCUCCAAAGCUCACGCCUUUUCUGUGGAAUCACUAGUGGGCAAAUCAAUCAAGAGGAAACUAUUGGAGAGCAAGGAAGAGAUGCAGCAAGCAGGGGCCCGGGACAACAAGGCAGAAGAUACAGAGGGGACCGCAGGGGCCUCAAUGCAGGAGAAGAAUGCCCAGAAACCCCAGACUACUGGGGUCCCCUCUUCGGACGACACUCAAUACCGACACCGACAGGACCCAGUGCAGGUGGAGCUGCAGGGCUCGGAACUAUGGCGGAGAUUCCAUGACAUUGGCACAGAGAUGAUCAUCACUAAAGCUGGGAGGAGAAUGUUCCCUUCUGUGCGGAUAAAAGUCAAAGGCCUCGAUCCCUCCAAGCAAUAUUACAUCGCCAUGGAUGUCACCCCAGUGGACUCCAAAAGAUACAGGUAUGUCUAUCACAGCUCACAGUGGAUGGUUGCAGGCAACACAGACCAUUCCUGUAUAACCCCAAGGCUGUACAUUCACCCAGAUUCACCUUGUUCCGGAGAGACCUGGAUGAGGCAAAUCAUAAGCUUUGACAGGAUUAAACUGACCAAUAAUGAGAUGGACGACAAAGGACAUAUUAUUUUGCAGUCGAUGCACAAGUACAAGCCCCGUGUACAUAUUAUUGUCCACGACUCCAGAUUUGACUUGUCUCAGAUACAGUCUUUGCCAGCUGAGGGGGUUAAAACUUUCUCAUUCAAAGAAACAGAAUUCACAACAGUUACCGCUUACCAAAACCAACAAAUAACAAAACUGAAAAUCGACAGAAAUCCCUUUGCUAAAGGAUUCAGAGAUCCUGGAAGGAACAGGGGUGUACUGGAUGGCCUUCUAGAGACCUACCCUUGGAGACCGCCGAUUACCUUAGACUUUAAAGCCUUUGGAGCUGAGACACCUGGAGGCAGCUCCGGUUCUUCGCCCAUCACUUCCAGUGGGGGAGCUCCAUCACCUUUGCUUUCUCCUUCCUGCUCGCCGCCAUCAUUUCACCUGCCUACUAGUAACCAUGGACUCUCCUGUUCAGAGAAUUGUCUGCACAAUAUCAAUAUGCCGCUGUGCUAUAAGAUUUGCCCUACAAACAUUCUGAGACAGCGGGCUCUAGUAUUUGCCAACCAGGAUAAACUUGGAAGCCCAAGCUCACAUGUUCCAUCCUUAAUGGUGGAUGUUCCGUUGUUUUCAUCUUUUGGCAUCUCAAAACCCAACAAACUUGAGACUUUUAAGGGGCAAUGUGUGCAAGCCCCUUCCACUGCCAAUCAAAUGCUGUAUGGAUUACCUGCACCUGGAAGCAUUUUGCCAUCAGGUUCCAUUUCACAGGAAACACUAAAUUGCUCUUUACAUCCUCCGUAUGGCAUUUAUGGGUACAACCUUUCAGUACCACCUCACUUGAUCACAGCAGCAAACCAUUUAAGAAUGACUGACAGUUUUCCAAGUUCCUUCAGAGAUGUCCAAUGCAAUAACUUUCACUGGCAACCACCACUCAAUCAUUGCUUGUAGUGGGACUCUUGAGUUUUUACAACUGGACAAUCCUUACAUGUAAGCAGCUAUUUAAUUUGAAAUAUCAGUACUUAGGACAUUGACUAUGCUACUUAAUGGUUUGUUAAUGGAAUAAAUACAUUGAAAUAAGUCUAAACUGGUCAGUACUAGCAUCAAAUCCAAAAUAUUAAUUCUGUUAUAUUGCUUAUGUUAUAUCACUUCUCUAGAAAACUGCUGAAAACAGUUUGUCUGAACAUUAAAUUGCUAUUUACAAAGUUGUCUGUUAGAGCUGGGAGAUUGGGAUAUGCUGUAAUACAGCCAUUAAUAUUUAUAAAUAGGAUAUUUUUGGAAAGUCUGUACCCUAUAAAAGCACUUCUACAAGACCUUGGGCAGCAGCCUAUGUUAACAGUAAAAUAAUUCUGACAUUUUUCUUUCUUUUAUUAAAGACACCGCCACUUGAAUUGCCUUCUAUCCAUACAUUACUUAAGUUCCCAAAAGUUCAACAUGGCUUAAAUUUGCUGAAUGCAGAAAGCUGGUUUUGUUACUCAGUAGACUCCAUCCCAUAAAAGGAUCAUGCGAUCCUCAGCAUGAGUGACAGAACUGGCACUCCCUCCUUAGCCAUGUCAAAGUAUCGCAUGCUGACUGUGCAUCCAAAUUCAUGGCAGCCAAUGUUUGAAAGAAAGGCUGUUAAGUGUUGGAGUUUAUGUCUUUCCCUGAGACAAGUCUGCAACCAGAUAUUAUAAAUUGUGUCCAAGAAAGGUCUGCGGCUUGACUUUCCUCAAGAAAUGUUUUUUUUUCAGGAAGACAAUUCUCAGAAAAUAUUUUUUGGCUUUUGCACUUUAGUACAUUUAUCAAAAAUUCUCAAAAUUCUAUGGUGACUUUAAUCAAUACACUUUAGUAAAUAGACCCCUAGGGCUUCAUGUAGAUCUCCAUCUGUCGGGAAAUUCAUGCAAAGCAGCUUCUGUGUUGGUCCUGACUUCCCACUGGAAAUUAUCUUGUUGCUAAAUUUUAAAUUGCUUUAGUUUUCUGUCAGACUGCUGCAUUGCCAGGCCAAAUAGCAAUUUGUGUGCGGUCUGAAGGAGAACCACAAACAACAACAAAAAAGGUUUGUUUGAAUAUUUCUGACAAGAUAGAGAUAUUUAACCUUUCAUUUUUUAAAUUCAUAUGCUCCUAAUUAUAUGUCACAGCUGAUCAGAUUUUAAAGUGAAAUUUUAAAAUGAAAUCAUAAUUAAGACAUCUACAUAUACUCUAAGGCUAAUGUCUCACUGAACCAUAUAAAUGGUGAUUGUAUGGAGAAAUAAGUCACCCAGAAUGUGACAAUAAGACCCCUCUGCAGCAGGGCACAUAUGUACAUGUUAGGAGGGAUGAUUGUCCAUGAAGACUUCAUUUUAGCCUUAAAGAAGGGUUAACUUGUUAAGGGCAGUGUUUUAGAUAUAAAGAGAAGUCAUUAUUAUCAACCAUGGUCUUGUAAAUCUAUAUAGUGAAUAAUAGAACCAUAGCCAUUCAGAGGGCUUACAAAAACAUACAUACCCUGCCAGAAUCAAUGUAAAUAUACUUCAGACCUGUCACUUUGUAUAACUUAAAUGCAUUGUUAUAUUUUUGUGUUUGCCACUUUGCAUAAAUAAAAGGCAUGCAUUUCCACCACUGCUACUUACUAAAUCUUGUUCAGUAACAUACAUCAUUAAAUAUAUCCCUCGGUGCAAGGGCUUCACCCAUUAUAAAAGAAAAUGUAAUUUAAAGCAAAUUUCAAAUAAAUAUAUGUACAGG